CUGUCAUAAAAUAUCUGACAGAAAAGUUUAUCAAUCAAACAACUUCACUUUGUUGAUUCUUAUUUGGAUUUGUUAUUUCGCGAUAACUGGGAAUAAAUUAGAGCUUCAGAUUUAUGUGCUGCAAUAAAGCGUGUAGAAAACUGAGCUCUUACGUAGACAACUUCAUGAACAUAUUUCGGGAUAUACGGUCUUCGAUAUCAAAAGUGCAUCUGCAUUCGAGUAGAGAGUGCAGUGCAUUCAGAGCCAGUAAAUUGAACAAUAUGGAGGGAAUAAAGGCUAUGCAAGACAUGGGGUAUACAUUUAAUUCAAAUGGCCAGUUGCGCCGAAUAGGGGCAAAUGGCAAGCCAACAGAUGAACCAUUCCAGUUCAUCAUCAGUGGUGAUCAUCAGCAAUGCCAGGCCCACUAUGAAGAGCUAGGGAUGGCAGUUACCUAUUACAUAUACCAUUUACUGGAGACAGAACUGAAAUUACAAAAAUUGUUGGUACCAAAAAAUUGUGUGGAUGGCACAUUCAUUUUUGUGUCUAAGGAAUAUGAGAAAAAAGAUGUUUUAAUGGUACUCAUUCAUGGAUCUGGGGUUGUGCGGGCAGGACAGUGGGCUCGAUCAGUUAUAAUCAACGAAAGCCUAGAUGCUGGCUCACAGAUCCCAUACAUCAAGAAGGCCAUAGCGAAAGGGUAUGGAGUGAUGGUUUUAAAUACAAAUGACAACUACACCAUGGAUGGUGCUCCCAUACCAGAUAGCAGCAAUGCAGAGGAGCAUGCUCUUUGCGUUUGGAGGACAUACAUCUCACAGACUAUGGCUCUGUCUAUAGUCAUUGUGGCACACAGUUAUGGCGGUGUGGUAGCAGUCAAUCUGGCAAACGAGAUGAGAGAUGAUUUUGAAAUGAGGGUGAAAGCCGUUGCUUUAACUGAUUCCGUGCACACAUAUGCUAAUAAACCAAUUACUCCAUGCAUGAAACAGAUAUCACGAAACUGGAUUUCUAGUCAGAAGGCAUUGGAUGUGCCAAUGAAAACGCCUGAUUUUGAAAUUACGAGAGUAUCUGCAGGUGUUGAGAGACACGAGAGGACAUCUGGCGCCUGCAUAGAGUCAGUGUUUAAAUUCAUAGAUCAGAAACUACAUGAGGAUUAAACUAUAUCAAUGUAUACCACUAGAGAGCAUUUAAAUAGCAUUAUUAUAUUUAUAAGUUAACUUUAAUUAUAAAUGUAUGUUGACAAAAA